ACUCAUCAUUGGUAAUUUGUGUUUUGUAGCUAUGGCUAGGUCGUUCCUCCAAGUGGCUGCUACCGAGGAGGCUGCUCCGCCUCUCAGAGUCGUCCAGAUGGAAGGGCUGGUUAUCCUGAAGAUAAUUAAGCAUUGUAAGGACCACUCACCUUCUCUAGUCACUGGACAGCUUCUUGGGCUGGAUGUUGGCAGUGUUCUUGAAGUUACUAACUGCUUUCCCUUUCCGAUGAGGGAGGAGGAUGAAGAAAUUGAAGCUGAUGGUGCAAAUUACCAGCUUGAGAUGAUGAGGUGCCUGAGGGAGGUGAAUGUUGACAACAAUACCGUUGGAUGGUACCAAUCUACAUUGCUUGGCUCAUUUCAGACUGUGGAACUGAUUGAAACCUUCAUGAAUUACCAGGAGAAUAUUAGACGCUGUGUUUGCAUAAUAUAUGAUCCAUCAAGGGCUGAUCAAGGUGUCCUAGCCCUUAAGGCCUUGAAGCUUUCUGAUGCAUUCAUGGAACUCUAUCGCAGCAACAAUUUCACUGGAGAAAAGUUGAGGGAGAAGAACUUAUCAUGGGUGGAUAUCUUUGAGGAAAUACCUAUCAAAGUUUCAAAUUCUGCCCUUAUCAGUGCUUUUAUGACAGAACUGGAACCUGAUUCUCCGGUUACCCAGUGUGAUUAUGAUCGUCUUCAAUUGUCAACCAGUUCAUUAAUGGAGAGGAACAUGGAAUUUUUGAUUGAAUGCAUGGAUGACUUGUCCCUAGAACAACAAAAGUUCCAAUUCUACUAUAGGAGCUUGUCGCGUCAGCAGGCUCAACAGCAAGCUUGGCUUCAGAAGAGAAGGGUGGAGAACAUGUCACGUAAAGCUGCUGGAGAGGACCCUUUGCCUGAGGAAGAUCCUUCAAACCCCAUCUUCAAGCCACUCCCUGAACCAUCACGGUUGGAGAGCUUCCUCAUUACUAAUCAAAUUUCAAACUACUGCAACCAAAUCAAUGGGGUGUCAGGGCAGAGUUUUAACAGACUCUAUUUGAUGAAGGCUUUGCAUGAGGAAUGAAAGGCAAAAAUUUUGUAGUUUAUUCUUAUGUGUGCUUCGAUCCAAUUUCUUUUCCAUAUAGGAUGAGAUUUUUGUGGCUUAUUCGAUAGUAUAUUAGAGAAGAUCAUGUUUUAAGGGGAAUGUAAUCGUUUUGUGUUUAUUUAUUGCUAGGAGAACCCAUCCAAUUGUAAGCAGAUAAAUGUUAAUUUUCUAUAUUUUAUUAUUUUUAGGAUCCUUGAUCUAUAAUGUGUGUUUGAUUACUAAAUGAAACAUCAAGUUAUAAUACCAAACUACACUUUUUCAUCUA